UUCAUUUUGACUCUCGCGGAACUGCUGUACGUGUUAUUAGUUUUCGAUAAAGAGGAGAAUGUUUAUCUCAGAAUUACAUUAUAAAUGAAUACAUGAAUGGUAAAAAAGAUGGAGGAUGAUGCACCGGUUAUUUAUGGCCUGGAGUUUCAGGCUCGAGCUCUGACAGCUCAGACAGCUGAGACAGAUGCCAUCAGGUUUCUAGUGGGCACACAGUCACUCAAAUUUGAUAACCAGAUCCACAUCAUUGACUUUGAUGAUGAGAAUAAUAUGAUUAAUAAGAGCGUCCUCCUGCACGAUGCUGGAGAGAUAUGGCACAUCAGCGGCAGUCCGGCAGACAAGGCCGUGUUGACCACAUGCUACAACAAGACGUCUGAGAGUCGCGUGCUGACGUGUGCGGCGGUGUGGCGGAUGCCCCCUGAAUGGGAAUCCGGCAGCCACGAGUCCCCCGACGAUUCCUCAAACAACCCGCAGACCCUGGAGCUUCUCUGUCACCUUGACAACAGUGCCCACGGCAGCAUGGCCUGUGUGUUAUGGGAGCCCAUGGGUGAUGGAAAACGUGUGAUUUCUCUGGCUGAAAACCACGUGCUGCUGUGGGAUCUCCAGGAGAGCUCAGCCAAGGCCACGAUCUCGAGCAGCGCCACCCUGGAGGGUAAAGGACAGCUGAAGUUCACUGCGGGCAAGUGGAGUCCACAUCACAACUGCACACAGCUGGCCACCGCCAAUGACACGGCCAUCCGCGGCUGGGACCUGCGCAGCAUGAGUCAGAUCUACUGCAUCGAGAACGCUCACGGGCAGCUCGUGCGGGACCUGGACUUCAACCCCAACAAGCAGUAUUACCUGGCCAGCUGUGGAGACGACUGUAAAGUCAAGUUCUGGGACGUGCGUCACAUCAGCGAGCCGGUCAAGUGUCUGGAGGAGCACUCGCACUGGGUGUGGAGUGUAAGAUACAAUCACUCUCAUGACCAGCUCCUGCUCACAGCCAGCAGUGACAGCAGGGUGAUCCUGUCCAACAUGGUGUCCAUCUCCUCGGAGCCGUUCGGGCACCUAGUGGACGACGAUGACCUCAGUGACCCCGAGGAGAACCAGCAGGAGGACAAGGGGAAGGAGCCGCUGCAGGACAGCAUCAUCUCCACAUAUGAGGAGCAUGAGGACAGUGUGUAUGCGGUGGAGUGGUCUGCUGCAGACCCCUGGCUCUUCGCCUCGCUCAGCUACGAUGGACGUCUGGUGAUCAACAGAGUCCCGCGGGCACUCAAAUAUCGCAUUUUACUGUAGGGCAGAAUGGCAUCACCCGGAUGUGGAUGAGCGAAACGUGACUGUCUGAGUAAACUCCAUCAUGGCAGAUGCCUGCAGCAGCUGUGCUGUUACUCUUUACCGUGUUUGUGUCAUCAUUUCCUCACACUUGAUGAUUUAUUGGGCUGGUUAGCCGUUCAUCAACACCUGCGUUAGCUAAUGUGAACGCAGCUAUCGGUGUUCCUGUGUUUUGUUUUGCGUGUACUGUUUGGUGCUGUGGGAAAUCAGAACCCUGAAGAUUAAUUAUGAUUAUGUGUCUUAUCGCGUACGCUGUAACAAAAGCAAUGCUCCGUGGAGCUGUCAGAGAGAGCCUAAUUACCCCUGUAUGUUUCCCAUAAAACGGCUUUAAUUAAAGAGCUGGAUUUGA